AUGAAAGCUUUAGAGGACCAGGCUUUGGAGGAUGAGUCGGGGUACCAAGAAGAUGAGGAAUCCUUUUUUCAAGACAUUGAGCUCUUACAGAAACAUGGAAUUAACAUGGCUGACAUUAAGAAACUGAAGUCUGUAGGCAUUUGUACUGUGAAAGGCAUCCAGAUGACCACACGCCGUGCUCUCUGUAAUGUAAAGGGACAGUCUGAGGCUAAAGUUGACAAAAUAAAGGAAGCCGCUGGAAAAUUGCUGAUAUGUGGAUUUCAGACAGCGUCUGAAUACAGUACAAAAAGGAAGCAAGUGUUCCACAUCACAACAGGCAGUCUGGAGUUUGACAAACUCCUAGGAGGAGGUGUGGAGAGUAUGGCCAUUACAGAGGCUUUUGGUGAAUUCAGAACUGGAAAGACUCAACUCUCUCAUACACUGUGUGUAACCGCUCAGCUUCCUGGUGAAUAUGGGUACACAGGAGGAAAGGUCAUCUUCAUCGAUUUUGAAAACACCUUUCGGCCUGAGAGGCUAAAGGACAUAGCUGACAGAUUCAGUGUGGAUCAUGAAGCUGUACUGGAUAAUGUGCUAUAUGCACGUGCAUAUACGAGUGAGCAUCAGAUGGAACUGUUAGACUUUGUUGCAGCCAAGUUCCAUGAGGAAGGAGGUUUCUUCAAGCUUCUGAUAAUAGACUCAAUCAUGGCUCUGUUCCGGGUGGACUUCUCUGGAAGGGGUGAGCUGGCUGAGAGACAGCAGAAGCUUGCACAGAUGCUCUCCAGACUGCAGAAGAUCUCUGAAGAGUACAACGUUGCCGUGUUUGUUACCAACCAGAUGACUGCAGAUCCAGGAGCUGGAAUGACAUUUCAAGUGGAUCCCAAAAAGCCCAUUGGUGGACACAUACUGGCACAUGCCUCCACCACACGCAUCAGCCUGAGGAAAGGACGUGCUGAAUUGAGAAUUGCCAAAAUAUUUGAUAGUGUUACCAAUUUUUCUCUUCUUCAGGUCAUCUCUGCCAGAAAGGGUGAGUUUGAGACCGGUUUUGAAAAGGGAGGUCAGACAAGGGAGCACGCCAUGCUGGCUAAAACAGCUGGAGUCAAACAUCUGAUAGUCCUCAUCAACAAAAUGGACGAUCCCACUGUGAACUGGAGUUUGGAUAGAUACGAGGAAUGUAAAGAGAAGUUAGUGCCAUUUCUGAAGAAGGUGGGCUUUAAUCCAAAGAAAGACAUUCACUUCAUGCCCUGCUCUGGAAUGACUGGAGCCAACCUGCAAGAAUCUUCUGAGCUUUGCUCUUGGUACACGGGAUUACCGUUCAUUUCACAUCUGGACAGCCUGCCAAACUUCAACAGAUCCAGUGAUGGUCCCAUCCGAUUGCCUAUUGUAGAUAAAUACAAGGACAUGGGCACCGUGGUGCUUGGAAAACUGGAGUCUGGAAGUAUCGCGAAAGCACAACAACUUAUUAUGAUGCCAAAUAGGCACACAGUGGAAGUGUUGAGCCUUCUCUCUGAUGAUGUGGAGACGGAUUACGCUGGACCUGGUGAAAACCUGAAGCUCCGGCUCAAAGGCAUUGAGGAGGAAGAGAUUCUCCCAGGCUUUAUCCUAUGCAACGCUGAGAACCUCUGCCACUCAGGACGCACUUUUGAUGCCCAGAUUGUCAUUAUUGAACACAAAUCCAUAAUAUGCCCAGGUUACAAUGCAGUACUACACAUCCAUACCUGCAUAGAAGAAGUGCAGAUAACAGCGUUAAUCUGUCUGGUGGACAAGAAGACAGGAGAAAAGAGCAAGACUCGUCCACGCUUCGUCAAACAAGACCAAGUAUGCAUCGCCCGUCUUAGGGCCGCAGGAACUAUCUGCUUAGAGACUUUUAAAGACUUCCCUCAAAUGGGACGUUUCACCUUGAGAGAUGAGGGAAAGACAAUCGCAAUUGGCAAGGUGCUGAAGUUGGUACCUGAUAAGGACUAAAAUGCAGAUAGAAGGAGUUCCCUGGUGCACUCUGGGAUUGAGGAGGAUGCAGUGAUGUGUGCCUGCCAGAUGUCCUCCAAACUGCUCCAUCUUCCCACUGUGGAUCAGUCUAAGAAAAUUACUUUGGAAAAAGGACAUUAUCAAAGUGACAGUAUCAAUUUUAGGAAGAACAUUAAUAUAGAAAGACAUGCUCAGUGUGACAGCUUUCUCAUAUUGAGAGCUCAGCUAUGCCACUCAUGUAGCCCAAUUUUUAAAGCCAGUUUCUCUCCACUGGUACAUAUUCAAUCUCAAAAUGGAUGCAGUUUUCGUUUAAGGUAUUGGCUUUUUAAGUUUAUGUUAAAAUAUGAGAGAGGGAGUCUUGGUGUCAUCUGUUUGAAAGGUUAAUGCCAUUACUGUGUGCCCCAUUCCAAACAUAACACUCAGAUCACUCACUUGCUCUUUACCUGGCAAGUCCUGCAAGUGUCGUGAUUGUCGAGAUCAGAUCGUACAAGAGACCUUGGUCUUUCAAAUAAAAUGACACUUGUGUAGAGGUGUAAUCAUGCACAAGAUAAACAGAUGAAUUUGUUUACUGUGAUGUCAUAAACAUGGGGAAGUAAACAUCAAACUUCCAAAAAAAUAAAACGCUAAAAUGACUUCAAAUGAAAAUGGAGA